AGCAAGUGUCAACGCGUGACGUCGAUAGUCGCAGCCAGCAGGAGGUUUUGCUCGGCGAAGUAACUCUCGGCAUCAACAGUGUCUCCCACCUCGGCUUCUUCUUCGUCAAUCCACCCAGCGAACAAAGAGUCCAGAACCACGACGCCGUCGGGCAUGUUAGCGUGGCGUCGGAACGGAAGCGUCCUGUGCCCACGUCGCGACUAGUCCAGACAUGAGUAACGUUAAUGUGAUGUUCUGGGAUCACUUGCAGGCUGGCAGCUCGGACGUGGACUGGUGUGAAGGCAACUACCUCAUCUACUCGGGCAUCGCGGAGUUCUACAACACGAUCAGCAACAUUUUGUUUUUUGUUUUGCCGCCCAUAUUAAUGUGCUUGUUCCGCCAAUAUGCAACACAUUUCAACAGUGGGAUUUACCUCAUUUGGACCCUGCUGGUGGUGGUCGGUAUCGGAUCCACGUACUUCCACGCCACCCUCAGCUUCCUGGGGCAGAUGCUGGACGAGUUGGCCAUUUUGUGGGUGCUAAUGUGUGCCAUCGCCAUGUGGUUCCCCAAAAGAUACCUCCCCAGGAUGUUCAGGAGGGACCGGUCAAGGUUCAAAGUGGUGAUUGGCAUCUUGUCAGGGAUCACCACCGGGUUGGCCUUUGUGAAGCCUGUUGUGAACUCCCUGUCACUCAUGACGCUGGGCAUCCCCUGCACUGUGCUGCUCAUCACCGAGCUUAAAAGGUGUGAAAACCCACGUGUGUUCAAGCUGGGCCUGAUCUCAGGGAUCUGGUGGGCGCUGGCUCUGCUCUGCUGGAUCAGCGACAAGAUAUUCUGUGAAAUGUGGUCGUCGGUCAACUUUCCCUACCUGCACUGUGCCUGGCACAUCCUCAUCUGUCUGGCCUCCUACUUGGGCUGCGUCUGCUUCGCCUACUUCGACGUGGCCUACGAGGCCCCCGAGCGAGGCCCCGUCAUCAUGUUCUGGCCCAACGAGAAGUGGGCCUUCAUUGGCGUCCCUUACGUCUCCUUCCUCUUCGUGCACAAGAAGUCCACUAUCAAGGUGACUUAAGGUCGCCUGCGCACUUUCAGGUUGCUCACCUGGAUGACGCAGGUGGUCUUUAUUACCCAGCAGUGCUUCUGCCAGCAACAUGUGCCACUAGCCAUGUGGCGCUCCUAUCCUACCAUGCUGGAAACAACGCAUGUGAUGGUCCAUGAAAGUAUUACGCAUUUGAUGCUUCAGUCCACGUGGUUUACCUGCCACGGGAACUCAGUAUUCCACUGCCUCGCAUCUCUUGGGUGCAGUCAACCAGCAUUAGUGACAACAAUGCACUGCUAACUGCUAUCAUGCAACUCUGUUGUUAGUCCCAGCAUGCGAUUGGAAUGCUGUUUACUUUAGGAAUAACCCAUAUAUUAGAGAACAAUGAAUGAAGAGCCAUGUAACCAACGUUGAAUGUACUGGAAUAUGUACUGAAGGUUCAUAGAUAUCCUUUUAGUGACAAAUAGCAGACAACAUUUCAGGUCAAUAUGGGUUUUUGUUUUUUAUUACUUCUUAAGCUAGAAGUAACUUUCUAAUCCUCUUUUUUGUUUGAUUUAUUGAUCCUACCAUGUUCUCUAGGGCAGUCUUUUUCAACCACUGUGCCGCGGCACACUAGAUGCAGUCUGGUGUGCCGUGGGAGAUUAUCUAAUUUCACCUAUUUGGGUUUAAAAUAUUUUUUGGAAACCAGUAAUUAUAAUCCGCAAAUGAUGUGUCGUUGUUGAGUGUUGGUGCUGUCUAAAGCUAGGCAGAGUAACCAUGUAAUACUCUUCCAUAUCAGUAGGUGGCAGCCGGUAGCUAAUUGCUUUGUAGAUGUCUGAAACAGCGGGAGGCAGCGUGAAGGUAAAUAGGUAUCUAAUGCUUAAACCAAAAAUAAACAAAAGGUGAGUGCCCCUAAGAAGAGGCAUUGAAGCUUAGGGAAGGCUAUGCGGAACCAAACUAAAACUGAACUGGCUACAAAGUAAACAAAAACAGAAUGCUGGACGACAGCAAAGACUUACUGCGGAGCAAAGACGGCGUCCACAAUGUACAUCCGAACAUUUUUUUUUUUUUUUAUUGAAGUAUUUAUUUCAAACCUGCACAGUACAACAAAACAUUUUAUUUAUUUUUUUUUUUUUACAUUUUGGCAGAGACAUUUAUGCAAGGCUUGAAAAGGGGUUGGAUGAAGCAGAUGCUUAUAAUAUCCCAACCCCUCUCACUCAUUCCACGUUUAACAUAAACAAUAUAAUACAAGAACAAUACUAUACAAACAAAAAGAAGAAAAGCUCCUGUACACUAACAAUACAAUAGUACCACUGUUACUUUGAUACAACAUGACAUGACAGUCUACAAUGUCCCCACAAAGAAGGAUUAAAAACAACUGAAAUAUUCUUGAUUGCGUAAACAAAGUAGACGCGGGAAAUGUCGCUCAAAGGAAGACAUGAAACUGCUACAGGAAAAUACCAAAAAAAGAGAAAAAGCCACCAAAAAUCGGAGCGCAAGACAAGAACUAAACAGCAAAAAACUCCAAAUAAGUCCAAUGAGAUGUGACAGGUGGUGACAGUACACCUACUUUGAGACAAGAGCUAUAGUCGCGCAUGCUUGGUUAUGCUUUAAAGGCCUACUGAAAUGAAUUUUUUUUAUUUAAACGGGGAUAGCAGAUCUAUUCUAUGUGUCAUACUUGAUCAUUUCGCGAUAUUGCCAUAUUUUUGCUGAAAGGAUUUAGUAUAGAACAACGACGAUAAAGAUUGCAACUUUUGGUAUCUGAUAAAAAAAAAAGGCUUGCCCCUACCGGAAGUAGCGUGACGUAGUCAGUUGAACAUAUACGCAAAGUUCCCUAUUGUUUACAAUGAUGGCCGCAUGAAGUGAGAGAGAUUCGGACCGAGAAAGCGACAAUUUCCCCAUUAAUUUGAGCGAGGAUGAAAGAUUUGUGGAUGAGUAAAGUGCAAGUGAAGGACUAGUGGGGAGUUGAAGCUAUUCAGAUAGGGAAGAUGCUGUGAGAGUGACCUGAUAUUCAGCUGGGAAUGACUACAACAGUAAAUAAACACAAGACAUAUAUAUACUCUAUUAGCCACAACACAACCAGGCUUAUAUUUAAUAUGCCACAAAUUAAUCCUGCGUGUUUGUUAUGCUAGCUCCUAGCUCCUCUGCUAGCUCCUAGCUCCAUAGAACACGCCAAUACAAUUCAAACACCUGAUCAACACACACAAUCACUCAGCCCAAAAGACCGUUCACCUAACCCAAGGUUCAUAAAGUUUAUAUAUUUUUAAAAAGUUACGUACAUACGCAAAAAAAAGUUGCGCACAUACGGUCAAGCGAUCAAAUGUUUAGCAGCCAAAGCUGCAUACUCACAGUAGCACGUCUGCGUCUUUGUCAUCCAAAUCAAAGUAAUCCUGGUAAGAGUCUGUGUUGUCCCAGUUCUCUACAGGCGUCUGUGUAUCCAAGUCAAAAGUCCUCCUGGUUAGAGUCUCUGUUGUCCGAGUUCUUCCAUCUUGACUGCAUCUUCCGGGAAUGUAAACAAAGAAGCGCCGGCUGUGUACUGUUGUGGCUGACUACGUUCGAAAAAUACGUCCAUUUCGCACCGACAACUUUCUUCUUUGCUUGCUCAGCUUCUUUCUCCAUAAUGCAAUGAACAUAAUUGCAACAGAUUCACCAACACAGAUGUCCAGAAUACUGUGGAAUUAUGAAAUGAAAACAGAGCUUUUUCGUAUUGGCUUCAAUGUGGAAGGCAUACCCGUGUUCCCCGGUCUACGUCACGCGCAUACGUCAUCCUCAGAGGCGUUUCGAACCGGAAGUUUAGCGGCAAAUUUAAAAUGUCACUUUAUAAGUUAACCCGGCCGUAUUGGCAUGUGUUAUAAUGUUAAGAUUUCAUCAUUGAUAUAUAAACUAUCAGACUGCGUGGUCGGUAGUAGUGGCUUUCAGUAGGCCUUUGAAGUCAUAUCCAACACUUGUGAUGACUUUUUACUGUCAACUGAGUUUCGUUUUUUACUGAUUUCUGCUGGUGGUGUGCCUCCGGAUGUUUUCAACGCAAAAAAAUGUGCCUCGGCUCAAAAAAGGUUGAAAAACACUGCUCUAGGGUGUGUUCAGUAUUUUAGAUGGUAUACUUACAAAAAGUACAGCACAUGUGUGUGAACAAGCCAAAAUCCAACUGGAUGCUAAAGGAAAGAAAGAUGCACAAUCCUCCUAUGCACAUGUUCAUGCCAGGGAUGCCCAAAUGUGGCCCGUUGGCACAUAUUUAUAGUGGCGUCUUGCAAGCUGCACAAUCAUGGACGCCAGGACCGCCAGCCUACACUGUUAAAAAAAGUCAGCAGAUUUUACUGUAAAAAAAACCCAACAACUGGCAGCUCAGUUGCCAGAAGUUGAAGGUAAAAUCAUCAUUUUGACAUUUUAAAAACAGCGAACGUAGAUUUUACGGUAAAAAAGUAGCAGCUCAGUCGCCAGAAUUGUGCAGUAAAUAUAAAAGUGGUACUGUUUGUGUAAGUUGUAGUCAUGCAGUUUGUGUAAGUUGUAGUCAUGCAGUUUGUGUAAGUUGUAGUCAUGCAGUUUGUGUAAGUUGUAGUCAUGCAGUUUGUGUAAGUUGUAGUCAUGCAGUUUGUGUAAGUUGUAGUCAUGCAGUUUGUGUAAGUUGUAGUCAUGCAGUUUGUGUAAGUUGUAGUCAUGCAGUUUGUGUAAGUUGUAGUCAUGCAGUUUGUGUAAGUUGUAGUCAUGCAGUGUGUUUAAGUUGUAGUCAUGCAGUUUGUGUAAGUUGUAGUCAUGCAGUUUGUGUAAGUUGUAGUCAUGCAGUUUGUGUAAGUUGUAGUCGUGCAGUUUGUGUAAGUUGUAGUCGUGCAGUUUGUGUAAGUUGUAGUCAUGCAGUUUGUGUAAGUUGUAGUCAUGCAGUUUGUGUAAGUUGUAGUCAUGCAGUUUGUGUAAGUUGUAGUCAUGCAGUGUACAAAACAAACUGGCAGCUCAGUCAAAAACAACAGUUGUUCCAUUUACAGUCAUGCGGUGUAAAAACACCAACAAAUGUAAGGUAUAGGGAUGUCCGAUAUUGGCUUUUUGCCGAUAUUGUCCAACUCUUUAAUUACCGAUACCGAUAUCAACCGAUAUAUGCAGUCGUGGAAUGAACACAUUAUUAUGCCUAAUUUGGACAACCAGGUAUGGUGAAGAUAAGGUACUUUUUAAAAAAAUAAGAUAAAUACAUUAAAAACAUUUUCUUGAAUAAAAAAGAAAGUAAAACAAUAUAAAAACAGUUACAUAGAAACUAGUAAUGAAUGAAAAUGAGUAAAAUGAAGUGUUAAAGGUUAGUACUAUUAGUGGAGCAGCAGCACGCACAAUCAUGUGUGCUUACGGACUGUAUCCCUUGCAGACUGUAUUGAUAUAUAUUGAUAUAUAAUGUAGGAAGCAGAAUAUUAAUAACAGAAAGAAACAACCCUUUUGUGUGAAUGAGUGUAAAUGGGGGAGGGAGGUUUUUUGGGUCGGUGCACUAAUUGUAAGUGUAUCUUGUGUUUUUUAUGUGGAUUUAAUAAAAAAAACAAGAAAAAAAAACAAACAAAAAAAACGAUACUGAUAAUUUAAAAAAAACGAUACCGAUAAUUUCCGAUAUUACAUUUUAACGCAUUUAUCGGCCGAUAAUAUCGGCAGACCGAUAUUAUCGGACAUCUCUAAUUAUUAUGCCUAAUUUGGGCAACCAGGUAUGGUGAAGAUAAGGUACUUUUUAAAAAAAUGAAUCAAAUAAAAUAAGAUAAAUAAAUUAAAAACAUUUUCUUGAAUAGAAAAGAAAGUAAAACAAUAUAAAAACAGUUACAUAGAAACUAGUAAUGAAUGAAAAUGAGUCAAAUGAAGUGUUAAAGGUUAGUACUAUUAGUGGAGCAGCAGCACGCACAAUCAUGUGUGCUUACGGACUGUAUCCCUUGCAGACUGUAUUGAUAUAUAUUGAUAUAUAAUGUAGGAAGCAGAAUAUUAAUAACAGAAAGAAACAAACCUUUUGUGUGAAUGAGUGUAAAUGGGGGAGGGAGGUUUUUUGGGUUGGUGCACUAAUUGUAAGUGUAUCUUGUGUUUUUUAUGUGGAUUUAAUUAAAAAAAAAAAAAAAAAAACAUUAAAAAAAUGAUACUGAUAAUAAAAAAAACCGAUACCGAUAAUUUCCGAUAUUACAUUUUAACGCAUUUAUCGGCCGAUAAUAUCGGCAGACCGAUAUUAUCGGACAUCUCUAAUUAUUAUGCCUAAUUUGGACAACCAGGUAUGGUGAAGAUAAGGUACUUUUUAAAAGAAUUAAUAAAAUAAAAUAAGAUACAUAAAUUAAAAACAUUUUCUUGAAUAAAAAAGAAAGUAAAACAAUAUAAAAACAGUUACAUAGAAACUAGUAAUUAAUGAAAAUGAGUCAAAUGAAGUGUUAAAGGUUAGUACUAUUAGUGGAGCAGCAGCACGCACAAUCAUGUGUGCUUACGGACUGUAUCCCUUGCAGACUGUAUUGAUAUAUAUUGAUAUAUCAUGUAGGAAGCAGAAUAUUCAUAACAGAAAGAAACAACCCUUUUGUGUGAAUGAGUGUAAAUGGGGGAGGGAGGUUUUUUGGCUUGGUGCACUAAUUGUAAGUGUAUCUUGUGUUUUUUAUGUGGAUUAAAUUUUUAAAAAAUUAAAAAAAACGAUACUGAUAAUUAAAAAAAACGAUACCGAUAAUUUCCGAUAUUACAUUUUAACACAUUUAUCGGCCGAUAGUAUCGGCAGACCGAUAUCAUCGGACAUCUCUAGUAAGGUACAAUUCCGGUGACUGAGCUGCCAGGUUUAUUUUUAUUUUCUAUUAAUCAGUCCAACAACGCCAUAAUAAUACAAUUCCAAUUCCAAAACCAAACCCGGCCCGGCAACAUUCAGAGUAGCAAUCAACAGAGCAUCUGAGAGGACACACAAACAAUCCAAAAUUAUUUUUAAUCAUAAAAUCUAUAGAUUUUUGUUUUCUUUUUACAGGUUAACUAGUUGCAUUUAUAUUCAGGAACCCCUGCUCUAGGGUCAAGUCGAGACUUUUUGACGCCCACGUCCUGUAAUGAAAACCAAAAGGCUUUGAAAUGUAGCAUCCUGCACACGUCUGACCUGGCUGGCUGGGUCCAGUUUGAAAGCCAGCGGAUAAAAACAUCUCUAGGAGGAGCUGCUUACUGAACAACAGCAGGAAAUGGCCAACAUCUGCAGAAAAUGACAUUUUUGAAUGUUUUUCAGGUUAGAAAUGUACAAACUACAAAAGCAGUGAAGUUGUGUAAAUGGUAAAUAAAAAGAGAAUACAACAAAUCCUUUUCAACUUACACUAGUGUUCCAAAGUUUGGGGUCACAUGUAAAUGUCCUUAUUUUUGAAGGAAAAGCACUGUACUUUUCAAUGAAGAUAACUUGAAACUAGUCUUAACUUUACAGAAAUACACUCUAUACAUUGCUAAUGUGGUAAAUGACUAUUCUAGCUGCAAAUGUCUGCUUUUUGGUGCAAUAUCUACAUAGGUGUAUAGAGGCCCAUUUCCAGCAACUAUCACUCCAGUGUUCUAAUGGUACAAUGUGUUUGCUCAUUGGCUCAGAAGGCUAAUUGAUGAUUAGAAAACCCUUGCGCAAUCAUGUUCACACAUCUGAAAACACUUUAGCUCGUUACAGAAGCUACAAAACUGACCUUCCUUUGAGCACAUUGAGUUUCUGGAGCAUCACGUUUGUGGGGCUCAAUUAAACGCUCAAAAUGGCCAAAAAAAGAGAACUUUCAUCUGAAACUCGACAGUCUAUUCUUGUUCUUAGAAAUGAAGGCUAUUCCACUAAAUUGUUUGGGUGACCCCAAACUUUUGAACGGUAGUGUAUGUUCAAUUAAUAGACUGCAAAGACAAGAUAUUUCAUGUUCACACUGAGAAACUUUGCAAAUAAUCAUGAACUUAGAAUGUAAUGGCAGCAACACAUUGCAUAAAAGGCAUUUUUACCAGUGUGUUACAUGGCCUUUCCUUUUAACAACACUCAGUAAAGGUUUGGGAAGUGAGGAGACACAUUUUGGAAGUGGAAUUCUUUCCCAUUCUUGCUUGAUGUACAGCUUAAGUUGCUCAACAGUCUCCCUUCUCAUAUUUUAGCUGCCACACAUUUUCAAUGUCUGGACUACAGGCAGGCCAGUCUAGUACCCACACUCUUUUACUAUGACUGUUGUAACACCUGGCUUGGCAUGGUCUUGCUGAAAUAAGCAGGGGCGUCCAUGAUAACAACAUAUGUUGCUCCAAAAGCUGUAUGUACCUUUCAGCAUUAAUGGUGCCUUCACAGAUGUGUAAGUUACCCAUGUCUUGGCCACUAAUACACCCCCCCUUUUAAUCCGGAUGGUUCUUUUCUGUUUUUUUUCCAGAGGACACGACGCCCACAGUUUCCAAAAACAAUUCCUCAAGUCUUUUUUGCCACUUGUGCCAGCUUUUUUGAAACAUGUUGCAGGCAUCAAAUUCCAAAUGAGCUAAUAUUUGCAAAAAAUAACAAACUUUACCAAUUCCAACAUGAAAUAUCUUGUCUUUGCAGUCCAUUCCAUUGAAUAUAAGUUGAAAAGGAUUUGUUGUAGUCUCUUUUUAUUUAGCAUUUACACAACUUCACUGCUUUGGGCCUCUGUACAUAAAAGAUGCAGAUUUGUACAUCAACUGAGUUAGACACACUGCUGUGCGACAAUAACUACGAUCUUAUAUUUAUUUCUACAUGAGGCUAAAUUCCUCACAUGGUUAAAAAUCAGUGUUUGGCUCGCGGAUCUUUGGCACAUUCUCACUUUGGCCCUUGCAGGCAAAAUGUUUGGGCAGCCCUGGUUUAUGCUAAUCUUCCUGGCGUUAUGAAUGCAUCAAGACCAUUUUUUUUAAUUAUUUUUUUGUAUGGGUAACAUAUUCAGACAGAUUUUACUGUCAUUAUUUGGCUGAAAAUGAAGUGAAAGUCUAUUAGGGAUGUAAAAGGGAAACAUUGCUUUAAAGCUAACAUGGUCACCAAAACCUCCCGUCCAAAUAACGACAUAGGAAGACGAAUGAUGAAGGAUGAGGAUGAGGAGUAGAAUGAAUGAAUGAAUGCUUUUGAUAGCCUAUAUUUACUUCCUUUGUAUUGCCAAAUGCUCUUCUAUUUUUCAACGUGGCCUCCAGAAGUCCUGGACAGUAUUGGCAAUGUGAGCACAUUCGUAUUUAUCAAGUGUUUAUAAGGUAAGUUGUUCUUUUUCUUUCGUUGGCAGCACAAAAGAAAUAUUUAUUUUCAUAAUUUAUGCUGUUUUAUAAACAAAUAUUUGUAAUAGCAUAUAUAACAUUGGUACUUUUUUUAUGCAAUAAAU